UUACGCAGCAGCUGUGCACUAAAGUGGGAUGUGCAGCCGCAAUCCGGUCACCCGCAAUAAAAAAAAAAAUCAUUAUGACGCCGACGCAAACAUAAUUGGCCCUAAUAACCCGAACGCAGUUGGCAAUCUUUAACCGUUUGCCAACCGGCGCCAUUACCAUAUCUACUAGUGGGGGGGUUCUUGUCUGCUCUUUUUUUUUUUUUCUUCAGCUGUUCCAAAAGUCCGAGGACAAGCCGGUGCAAUUGUACACCGCAAUAACAAAUCUUUUAAUCCAGAGUUGCGCAGGCCCGCUCUGCCCCCCGCGACGUAGCGAGUGUAUUUGUAUACCGCGUACGCAGAGGAGCUUCUCUACUUCGGCAAAUCAGACGGCUUCAAAGGCCGGAGGAAAAAAACGGGACUGGGGUCGGGCCACCGACGUUUGCAAUUGGACGUCGUGGGAGUGGCGCUUCAAAAUCCGCGUAUAAACCCCGAGACCGCACUCGCUAUUCGAAUUAGUGGCACGCGUGAGUCAAGGGCAAGAGACCGAUUAUUGGAAUGCGGCCUGCGAGUUGCAAGGCACGCCGCCGACUUCUAAAUAUACAGUUAGCGAAAGGGAGAUGAGCUUCCUUGAGGUAACCUGAGCCAGGCCUCGCCAGGCCUCGCCAGGCCUCGCCAGGCUGACGGGAACAGAGGCAGAAGGAAGCUUGCGUUGGUCCAAAAGCAGAACUGCCACCAAAUAAUCAUCCAAACUAUCUUUGCUGGAGGCAAAUUUAGGUAAAGGCCUUCCCCUUUGAAACGAGGGCCCGUUUGGAAGGGACGUGCGACCCAUCGCCGGGAUCUCAGGAGGCGGCUCCGGAGCCAGCGCCGAUGCUAGCUACACUCACGUUCAUUUUGUCUUCAAAUCAGCCAACAUGUUUCUUUCACGAAUGAGGAAACAAGAGGAAAAGGUGCCCAGUCCGGGCCAGAGAUGGGAUUGGAACCCCCCGACGGGGGUCGUUCUGAACGGACGCAAAUCCUGAAAAGCUUCCUCUCUGAACGGCGUUUUAAAAGCUUCUGCCACGUUUUUCUGUCCUUUGCUGCCACUCGGGGCCUUUUCUGGUCCAAAUGGAUCCGGCGCCUCCGGUCGGAUGUCGGCUCGCCUCUGACCUCGGACCCCGGACUGAUGCUCCUCUGGCUGAACAGACAUCCGUUCCCACAGAGACCCCCUGGAGCAUCUUGUGCCAAGUCUUCCCAGAACAGCUGAGGUUUUUCUCGCUACAACGGGGAUCUGCGAUCAGUUUUAGUCAGAUGUCUACAAACAGUCGUAGGCGCUCAACGGGUGAAAUGUUUUGAAAGCGCAGAUGUUUUUCCUGGGUGGCGUCACGCUGCUGUUGGCUUGAUGGUGUCUGAUUCGGAUCAAGUCUCCUGAACCUCCACACAUAAACGCAACGGCCGACUUCCUUUUAGCGACGUAGCUUUAUCGCUAAAUCGCAGCCGUUGCUCGGCAGUGUCGCUGAGCUCAAGUCUCGUCCCCGCCGGGAUCCUGUGCCCCCUUGUCCUUUGCUGGCCGUUUCAGACGUCGUGUGGGAUCAAAGGCGCAAGACCGGCCGUAGAACAAAGUCUUUCGCUUCUUUGCCGCCGUCGCCACCACCGAGACGUAGCGUGGUGACGUCUCCUUUUUGAAAAGCACUUGAGCCCCAAAGUCCGACGUUUGUUCGCAUUCCGGUCGAGGAAGAGCCAAAGAGAAUUUCCUCCGGCUGGAGGGAAACCAAUGCUCCACCGUUCGAGGAUGCCGCGGAUUUGUUUGGUCUUUGUGGCGAAUCAACACCAAGCAGAGUGAUGGACACGGGCGGUCCUGACUUGUGAUCAACAGAGCGCACGAUGCUUUACGUCCGCGGAAGCGGGCGAGGGGGAGUCUUGUUCCGUGUUUCCCGUCGAUCUUAAAUCCUUCAUGUGAUGUAUGGAGGAGGAGUGGGCGGAGGUUACUGGCGGACACGCUGCCUUGGCUCCGCUUUAUCGUCCGACCGCCGCUAAUCUCGGGCUGAUCUCUGGACUCUCUCACGUUGAGCAACAGCAGCCUGGGCGAUCGUGUCGACGCAAAGGGCAGCCCGGGGAAGACAUGGAAACGAAAGGGAAGGAGAGGAAAAGCAACCGCCGCCCGGCAAUUUCCAGUUCACACGUACAGACCAGCUCGCGAUGAGCCGCAAGACUGCAAGCAACUUUUGGAUUUUCGGAGUGGGAGAGGUUUGAGGGCGGAGGGUGGGGCGGGGUGGCGGCCUGUAGAGGCAAAAGGGCCGAGGAAGCAAGCGUGCUGAGACCGCGACUCAUGCGAGACGCCGAGCAAUCGGAGAAGAGAAGCGAGCCACUUUCAGCAUGGGAGUGAAGAGCAAAGCCGCCUCGGCCAUCGUCAUCCUGCUGGUGCUGCUCGGCAGCCUCUGGAUCCAUGGAGGUUUGGAUUCCCGCUGGGAUGCGUGUCUAAAAGGUUACAAUCAAGUCAAUCAGCCGGCGCGCCAGCCGGCCAACGGCAGCAGCUCCCGAGGCCCCGCGGACCGGUGCCCCGGGCAGACCUUCCAGGUGUCGCGGCUGCUCAGCCACCUGCUGGCGUCGCCGACCUCAACCGCCGACGUGCUGCUUCGGCCUUAUCUGUCCAGCUGGGAUGAGCUCGUCAAGUUUAUGGAGGCGCUGGGCCCCAUGGUUGGCCUGAUAUCCAAAGAAAUAGAAACCAAAACGUCCAUUAUCCGGGAACUGGCUCUUCUAGCUGAGGCUAACCCCGAAGCAGAGGUCAACCCAGACGGCAAGAGUGACAAGACCGUGAACCCGGAGACCCGAGAGAAACCUCAGGACCCCUGGCAGCGUUCCGGUGCUUACCACUCUGUGCGUUCCAUGAUCCGGACGGAGCUGAAACGAGGCUCGGUGGACUUCCGCCGCCAGACGGACUCCGGAUGCCGGACCCUUCUCCGACUGCACCGAGCUCUGCUUUGGCUCAAGCUCUUUCUGGACAAGCUGGCCGAGAUCCCGGCGGCGGGUCGGCUCGGGAGCCCGUCGGAGCUGUGCCGCGAGGCCUACGAGGUCACGCUGGCCAACCACCACUCCUGGUUGGUGCGCAGGGCCGCCGAGGUGGCCUUCCUCGCCAUGCCCGAGAGGGGGUUCUUCUUCAGGCUGCUGUGCGUCCAGAGCCAGGAGGAGCUGAGCGCAGUGCUGGGACCGGUGGUCCGGGCCAUAGGGGUAGUCUACGACAGGACGCAGAAAGCGCUGGAGGACAAUGGCAUGCUAGAUUUGCCAUAAUGAUUAUUAUUGGAUUUUGUUUUAAAUAAGGUCAGUCAGACAGAAGCCUUCAUUGUUCCCACGUGGAAAGACUGCAGAUUCUUGGGACGCCAAAGCGGGGAGAUUGUGAAUGGGCAGAUACUGAAGAACCACUGGAGCUGCGCUAUUUUACGGACCAACGCAGAGCGCUUCUUUUGUUUGAGGUAUGAACAUCUCCGGAAGUGCCCUGAAGGUUUUUAUACACAAGCCAACGACGCCAUUGACAAAAAGAAAAGCCAGCGCGCGAGUGCCUGAAUAUUGCAUUCCUUCAAACGGCCACCAGGUGGCAUACUUUGCUCCCGGUGUUUCAGAAAACCUGUUCGGGUGGUGGCCAUUUUUUUUUUUUUUUUUCCACGCCCAAAUGUGCAGUUUUCCUCUUUGUAAUUUGAGUUAGUCGACUACCUCAAAAGUCCAAAAAGCAAAAUUGCCGCGACGGGACUGCGAGCUACCUAAUGAACGUGGCAGGAUCAUACCACGUGAAAGGGAAUUCGUUGUAAUAAAAGGGUCCAUUUU